CUUUAAAAAAAAAAAAAGAAAAAGAAAAAAAAAAUUCCCAGAUUCUGUCCGGUCAUUCAUCAGCUUUCGAAAACGAACGACUCCGACUAAACGACCGUUAAUCUCACUGCUUGGGGGGCGUUUGAGGCUCAUCCGGACACUACAACGACUCCCAUGGAAAGAUGACCGAUGGUCAGACCGAAGCUUCCCGCGACAUGUCCCGUUACGAUACGCGUGGUCAGCGAGUUUGUGCGGUUUCAUAUGUGAUGUAGGCUGGGUAACUUUUUUUUAUUUUUUGUUUUUUUGCGCUCUGAGUGUAGUUUGCUUGUUGUUGUCCCGGACAGUUGGCCGGCGGUCCCAUGCUCGAACGCCCCGCGCCUCGCUGCACUCCUAACCCCCGCGGACGGUGCCCUGGGCUCGGGGGUUAGAUGGUGCUUAUCACGGACGACAGAGACGGAGGAGGCGCCUCGUCGGUCCGCGUCAAGCAGCUCCAACAGCAGAGCAAACUCGGGGCGGUCGUCGGCCACGUUCACCCCACGAUAACCGAGGAGCCCCCGUCCAACUCCGAGGAGGACUACCUGGGCUCGUGCGAGGAGGAGGAGGAGGAUGAGGAGGACGAAGCGAGCGAGGAAGACUGCGACGACUUCGAAGAAGUUGACUUCGAGGACUUGGACGACUGUCGGAGCAUCGCCUCGGACGACUCCUUCUACCCGCCGGAUGAUGCGUUCGCGGACUCGGAGCGCACCCCGUCUCCGGAGAGCCCGCAGCCGCUGUCGUUUUUCCGGGCGUGCUGCACCAACAACGCGGCUAUCGUCCGGAUAAUGAUACGGCACGGCGUGAGAGAGGAGGAGGUCAAAGAAGCUGACAGGAACAACAGGACAGGGCUGCUGGUUGCGUGCUACCAAGGUUUUGUGGAUGUCAUCAUCGCGCUGUCUCAGUGCCCACACCUGGACGUCAACUGGCAGGACAGCGAGGGAAACACCGCUCUGAUCACAGCUGCACAAGCAGGCCACAUAACGAUCACCAACUAUCUGCUGAACUACUUCUCUGGCCUGGACAUUGAGAGAAGGAACUGUCACGGCUUCACCGCCCUGAUGAAAGCGGCCAUGCAGGGCAGGGUGGAAUGCGUGCGCUCUCUCAUGAUGGCAGGAGCCUCCCUUGAUGCAAGGGACUGUGGUCGCAACUUCACAGCCAGGGAGUGGGCUUCAUUUACCGGUCGCUAUGAAACGGCCUGGGUGAUGGCGCGCCUGAUGGAGCGGCCCUGCCCAUUCCAGUACAAUGAUGCAUACAGUCUCGAGUGGCCUCCGCUGGCCUCCCUGGUGGCCAGAGCCCAAGAGCCCCGUGGGUGUCUGCAGCGCCUGUCGGACACUGUCCGAAAUGUCUUCAACAUCGCUAACGUCACCAAUCCAGAGGACCAGGGGGUUAUUGACCACAUGGUGGCAGUUACGACUGCCAUGAGGAGCCCCGCCAUCGCUAUAGCGUGCCACUCUGUGUGUCCCGACAGUCCCCCAAGCGUUGGCAAACGGCGCUAUGCAGUACCAGAGAUCAUUCGCCAGCAUCGCGCCAAGGAGCUCCGCUCAACCAACCCCGAGAGGAUGGACAGCCACCUCAAACUCUUCCAGAACUCCAGGAUCACUCUGGUGGCCAAGAAUUCCGAGGACCGGCGAGCCAGCCUUCAGGUGCAGCGAACGUUGCCUCGGAACAGGAGCUCCAGUCUGGGCAUGGUGGCUUACAACCAAGUCAUGGACCUGCGGAGAACCAGCCUGCUGCCCGUGCACAUGGUGCUGAGGAGGAGCAGCGUCAGGCCGGGCUUCAGCAUCCCCAAAGUCAGGGUGUCCAAAGCCCCCCCGUCCACUUACGAACCCGAAAAGAUCCGAAGGAAGAGCAGCAACAAAGACGGAGGGGGCAACCUGCUGCAGAUCCCCAAGUGGAGGUACAAGGAACUCAAAGAAGAGCGAAGGAAAGCAGAGGAGGCUGAGAGGAAGAGGCUGGAGGCAGUAACUAAGAGACACAUCGCAACUGGGAAAAGGAAAUGAUAUAAUUACCUCAGGGAAUUUAUUGUUCGUCAUAAACAACUAAAACCCAACAAGCCAUGGGGACAAAGAGAUCUGGCUGUUAUGUCUGUGCUCAGGGGGCACUGCGAAUUACCAUCAUAGUUCCUAACAUGAGCAGAAGGUUGAAAUUUAGUGAGAUCGGGGUGCUGGCUGGCCCCUAAAAACGGCCGCCACGUCUGUGACAGCUCCACCACAAAAUGAUUUGUGUCUUUUCUGAAGUCCAACAGCUAAUACUUUAAUACUUGAAAUGUUUCUAGAUUAUUUAUUUCUGAUAUUUAUUGCUUUUUAAGAUGUAGCAGGGACCACGGUUUAAGCUCUAGAUUUUCUAAAUGGGACAGAAUUCAAAUAACAAACACUCUCUCUGUUGCCACAGCCAAUAGAUAUGUCACUCUCUACCCAUAAGAAAGUGGAAGCCAUUCAUAGAGAACAUUGUGGAAAAUAUUUUUUAUAGUACGUUUUGGCUGAAAAAGCUAAAUACAAAGAUGAAUGGCAAUUGCCAGGUUUAUUUUUUAUAGAAAGCUUCUUUUGCUAUAAACUAAAAAAAAAGCCUGAAUGUAUUUUGCAUAAAUUCAGAAAUAUUUUAUAGUAGAGAUGUAAAUGCUUAUUAAUGAUAUUUUUGUAAUUCGACAUGGGUUUCCUUUUUUUUCUUCUCCACAUUCUGACAUGUAAACUGUUGUUUUUUAGUUUUUCUGUUCGAGUCAAAAAAGAAAAGAUAAUAUUACCCCACUGGGCAAAAUUUCUCUAAUUAAAUGUUUACAUUAAAACAAAGAAAUUAAUA